GUGUCAGAAGUCAGAACACAAAACCAAGGCACUAGAAUCUCUGUGUCUCCAUCCAGAGAGAGAGAGAGAGAGGGGAGCUUGACGGCAUAUCUGGGUGUUUGGCUUAUUGGAAGUAUUGGAAAUGGAGAGGCAGUGAACCGGGCUGCUACUCGUCGUUUGAAGAGGUUCGUCCGUCCUGUAUGGAUUUGAUCAGAGUUGGAUCCCCAUGGACAAAAUUUUGGAAUAAACCAUGUCCAUGUUACCUUCUUCACAGUACAAGACAACUCCAAUGCAUACAAACACAACCCAGUUCUGCAGCACAACAAAAAAAUCAUUGCACAAACAUGGCCUCUUCCCCUUCUCACUCCCACACCCUUCUAAUCAUUCCCUUUUUUGUUGCCUUCCUCCUUGUAUCUUCCUCCCUCACCCCGGUCCUCUCACUACCCACCGAGCCGGAUUCCGGCCACCGCCAGCCUGCCAACCAAACUUUCCGGCCAGGUUCAGAGCUGCAUAGGUUGAACAAAAUAAGAGCUUAUCUCAAGAAGAUCAACAAACCUGCAGUCGAGACAAUUAAGAGUCCUGACGGUGAUCUCAUAGAUUGUGUUCUAUCUCAUCUUCAACCAGCUUUUGAUCAUCCACAGCUUAAAGGACAGAAGCCAUUGGAUCCACCAGAGAGACCGAAAGGACAUGACUCCAUGGACAAUGUGACAGAGAGCCUGCAGCUGUGGUCAAGUUCUGGGGAAGCAUGCCCAGAAGGAACUGUUCCAAUCAGAAGAACAACAGAAAAAGAUGUUCUUAGAGCCAGCGAUAUCCGAAAAUUUGGAAGAAAAUUGAGAAGGCAUGUGAGAAGAGACACAACAAGCAGUGAUCAUGAGCAUGCAGUAAUGUUUGUGAAAGGAGAUCAGUACUAUGGAGCAAAAACCAGCAUUAAUGUUUGGGCUCCCCGCGUAACUGAUGAAUAUGAAUUCAGCUUGUCACAAAUUUGGGUCAUCUCUGGCUCUUUCGAGAAUGAUCUUAAUACCAUAGAAGCUGGUUGGCAGGUUAGCCCAGAGUUAUAUGGGGACCAGUGUCCUAGAUUCUUCACUUAUUGGACAACAGACGCAUACCAAAAAACUGGAUGCUACAACUUACUGUGCUCUGGGUUUAUCCAAACCAACAACAAAAUAGCAAUUGGAGCAGCAAUUUCGCCAAGGUCAUCUUAUGGGGGCAGACAAUUUGACAUCGGUUUGAUGGUUUGGAAGGAUCCGAAGCAUGGACACUGGUGGCUUGAAUUCGGGUCCGGAUUACUGGUCGGGUACUGGCCAUCCUUCUUGUUCAGCCACCUGAGGACCCAUGCAAGCAUGAUACAAUUUGGAGGAGAGAUAGUGAACACAAGAUCCUCAGGCUACCAUACAUCAACCCAAAUGGGCAGUGGGCAUUUUGCAGAAGAGGGCUAUGGAAAAUCAUCUUAUUUUAGAAAUUUACAAGUUGUUGAUUGGGAUAAUAGCUUGAUUCCUCCAGCAAACCCUAGGUUAUUUGCCGAUCGACGUACUUGUUAUAAUAUAAGAGGAGGGAGUAACAAUGCUUGGGGAUAUUAUUUUUACUAUGGAGGUCCAGGAAAGAAUUCAAGGUGUCUCUAAUAUUCAUACCAUGGUAUAGAUAUAUCUUUUAUUUUAUUUUAUUAUUUUGCUUUUAUUUUUGUAUUUUUAGGUUUGGGUUUUUGGGGUUUUUAUCAAGAUGUAUUUCCUUUUUCACCCCUCCUAACAGGCUUUCCGAGAUAUAUCUCACUUUGGUAAAUAUGUGAUUUUGGGGUUCACAGAUUUUCAAAUAUACAGUGAGUUGUGUUCUGUA